UCAAUCCAACGCUUAAUUUGGAUUGAAUGUCGGAUGGCAGAGUCGCUUUAAAACUAACUUUGGUUACUUAUGAGAAGGGAGAUAAGUUAGGUUGGCUUUUGUCAAUUAUAUCUUUGGCUCCUGUAUUUUUAUAUGUUGCUGAGACAUCUUUGGUUCUUUUUCGACGGGAAUAUUUCGGUUUAGCUUUGUUAUUCGGACAACUUGUCAAUGAGGCUCUUAAUGUUAUUUUGAAAGUUACCUUUGCACGUCCAAGACCAAGUAGAAGUGAACAAAACGAUUACGGUAUGCCUUCAGCUCAUUCUCAAGCAAUGUUUUUCGUCACUAGCUGUAUCAUAUUUACUCUUUCCCGACGACGUCACAAACCUUUGUCUAGUUUGGAGAGGAAUCUUCUCUAUUCUUUCUUAUUCUUAUGUAGUCUAUCGGUUUCUUUCAGUCGCAUAUAUCUUGGUUACCAUAGUAUCCAUCAGGUUAUGGUUGGAGCAUUGGUUGGUUGUCUGUUAGGAUAUUUUUGGACUUUAUAUUCUUUAGAAAGUAAUAGCAGACUCUUGUCGGCUCUGAAAUCUUUGGCAUUUUUGAAGUUGUUCUAUUUUAAGGACUCCUUGGAGAUUUGUCAUUUUUUGAAGAGAGAACAAUUGCAAUACUCGAGUUGUAAUGAAUGUGCAAAAUGAUAUACAGUAUUGUGCGAUUUUCUCAAUUUCGCUCCAUAUUACAAUUCCACUUGAAGUUUUUUGCAAAGGAAAAGGAUAAAGUUGUUGUCAUUUUGUUUCGUUCUUUUCGAUGGAUGAGAACUUGUAGCAUAUUUUUGGAGAAUGUAGCGUAACAUUUCCGAUAAAGGAAUAUCUAUCAAUUAUGUACCAUUUUGUCAUUA